AUGAUGAAGCCGUCCAUAGCUGAGAUGCUUCACAGAGGGAGGAUGCUGUGGAUAAUUCUUCUAAGCACAAUCGCUCUAGGAUGGACUACCCCAAUCCCCCUGAUUGAGGACUCAGAGGAAAUAGAUGAGCCCUGUUUUGAUCCAUGCUACUGCGAAGUUAAAGAAAGCCUUUUCCACAUACAUUGUGACAGCAAAGGAUUUACAAACAUUAGUCAGAUUACUGAGUUCUGGUCAAGACCUUUUAAACUGUAUCUUCAGAGGAAUUCAAUGAGAAAAUUGUACACCAAUAGUUUUCUUCAUUUAAAUAAUGCUGUGUCCAUUAACCUUGGGAACAAUGCAUUACAGGACAUUCAAACUGGCGCUUUCAAUGGUCUUAAGAUCUUAAAGAGACUAUAUCUCCAUGAGAACAAACUAGAUGUCUUCAGAAAUGACACCUUCCUUGGCUUAGAAAGUCUGGAAUACCUGCAGGCAGAUUACAAUGUCAUUAAACGUAUAGAGAGUGGGGCAUUUCGGAACCUAAGUAAAUUGAGGGUUCUAAUCUUAAAUGAUAAUCUCAUUCCUGUACUUCCAACCAAUUUAUUUAAGGCUGUUUCUUUAACCCAUCUGGACCUCCGUGGAAACAGGUUAAAGGUUCUCUUCUACCGUGGAAUGCUAGAUCACAUUGGCAGAAGCCUGAUGGAGCUCCAGCUGGAAGAGAACCCUUGGAACUGCACCUGUGAGAUUGUGCAGCUGAAGAGUUGGCUGGAGCGAAUUCCUUACACAGCCCUGGUGGGGGACAUCACCUGUGAGACACCUUUCCAUUUCCAUGGGAAGGAUCUUCGUGAAAUCAAGAAAACAGAACUCUGUCCAUUGUUAUCUGAUUCUGAGGUGGAGGCCAGUUUGGGGAUUCCCCACUUACCAUCAAGCAAGGAGAAUGCCUGGCCAACUAAACCUUCCUCUAUGUUGUCCUCUGUCCAUUUUACAGCUUCUUCUGUUGAAUAUAAGUCCUCCAAUAAGCAGCCAAAGCCCACCAAACAGCCCCGAACACCCAGACCACCAUCUACAUCCCAGGCUCUGUACCCUGGUCCAAAUCAACCUCCCAUUGCCCCCUAUCAGACCAGACCACCUAUUCCCAUUAUAUGUCCUACUGGGUGUACAUGUAAUUUGCAUAUCAAUGACCUUGGCUUGACUGUCAACUGCAAAGAACGAGGAUUUAACAACAUCUCUGAACUCCUCCCAAGACCCUUGAAUGCUAAGAAGCUCUACCUGAGCAGCAAUCUGAUUCAGAAGAUAUACCGCUCUGAUUUUUGGAAUUUUUCUUCUUUGGAUCUCUUGCACCUGGGGAACAAUCGCAUUUCUUAUGUCCAGGAUGGAGCUUUCAUCAACCUGCCCAACCUGAAGAGUCUCUUUCUCAACGGCAAUGACAUAGAAAAGCUGACACCAGGUAUGUUCCGAGGUUUACAGAGUUUGCACUACUUGUACUUCGAAUUCAAUGUCAUCCGGGAAAUCCAACCUGCAGCCUUCAGCCUCAUGCCCAACUUGAAGCUGUUAUUUCUCAACAAUAACUUGCUGAGGACCCUGCCAACUGAUGCCUUUGCAGGUACAUCCCUGGCUCGGCUCAACUUGAGGAAGAACUACUUCCUCUACCUGCCAGUAGCUGGCGUCCUUGAACAUUUGAAUGCCAUCGUGCAGAUAGAUCUCAAUGAGAAUCCUUGGGACUGCACUUGUGACCUGGUCCCCUUUAAACAGUGGAUCGAAACCAUCAGCUCAGUCAGCGUGGUAGGUGAUGUACUCUGUAGGACCCCCGAGAAUCUCACCCACCGUGAUGUACGCACUAUUGAGCUGGAAGUUUUAUGCCCAGAGAUGCUGCAUGUUGCACCACCUGGACCAUCGCCACCGCAGCCUGGAGAUUAUGACCCCAACGGAGGACCAACAAGUGCAUCACCAUAUGAGUUCUCUCCUCCCGGGGGCCCUGUGCCACUUUCUGUGUUGAUUCUCAGCCUGCUGGUUCUGUUCUUCUCAGCUGUCUUUGUUGCAGCAGGCCUCUUUGCCUAUGUGCUCCGUCGGCGGAGGAAGAAGCUGCCCUUUAGAAGCAAGCGGCAAGAAGGUGUGGACCUUACAGGAAUCCAGAUGCAAUGUCACCGUCUGUUUGAAGAUAGUGGGGGCAGUGGUGGUGGGAGUGGAGGUGGAGGUCGACCAACUCUGUCCUCUCCAGAGAAAGCCCCUCCCGUGGGUCACGUGUAUGAGUACAUCCCGCACCCAGUUACCCAGAUGUGUAACAACCCCAUCUACAAGCCUCGAGAGGAGGAAGAAGUGGCCGCCUCAGCAGCCCAGGAACCAGGAGCUGCAGAACGUGGAUGUCCUGGGACACAGCCACCAGGAAUGGGUGAGGUGCUCUUAGGAAGUGAGCAGUUUGCAGAAACACCCAAGGAGAACCACAGCAACUACCGGACCUUGCUGGAAAAAGAGAAGGAGUGGGCCCUGGCGGUUUCCAACUCCCAACUUAACACCAUAGUGACGGUGAACCAUCACCACCCUCCCCCUCACCACUCAACAGUUGGUGGGGUUUCAGGGGUAGGUGGAGGGACUGGGGGAGACUUGGCUGGGUUCCGCCACCACGAGAAGAAUGGUGGGGUGGUGCUGUUUCCCCCUGGGGGAGGUUGUGGUGGUGGCAGUAUGCUGCUAGACCGUGAGAGGCCACAGCCUGCUCCAUGCACAGUGGGAUUUGUGGACUGUCUCUAUGGCACAGUGCCCAAAUUAAAGGAACUACAUGUCCACCCCCCUGGCAUGCAAUAUCCAGACUUACAGCAGGACGCCAGGCUCAAAGAAACCCUUCUCUUCUCAUCUGGAAAGGGCUUCACAGACCACCAAACCCCCAAAAGUGAUUACCUCGACUUAAGGGCCAAACUUCAAACUAAGCCGGAUUACCUCGAAGUUCUGGAGAAGACAGCAUACAGGUUCUAACAGAAAGAAGAGAAUAAAUUAGUGGCUUUGUUUUGAUUUUCAAAAGAAAAGGAAAAUAAAAAGAAAUAUAUCCCCGGCUCCCAUUAUACUUGUCCCAGUAACUCCAUCCUCACAGUCCCCCCUUGCCCAGGACAGAACUGAAACGCAUGAUAACUAGAGAAUACAGAAGUGGGCUCUCCCCUCUCAGAUGUGACUCUGAGGAAGGGCCGUACUCAGAUCAUUAAUCAAUGAAGUGCCUUCGCAGACUUUUGCCAGCAAAUGUUAUCAUUAUUUUUUAUACUGAAACUGGAGACUUUGACUGUGCCAUGUGUGAGGUAUAUUGGGGAUCGUUGUAUUGAUCCUAACUGAGUAAAAUUCAAUGUGUCUUUUUAUUUUCAGUAACUUUUAUUCCCUUUAGUUGCAGUUUUGUUUGAAAGGGAGUGGGGAGGUUGACAUUUAUGGCUUUCUCUCCUUUUCCCAUCA